AUGCUGGAUCAUGGUCAGUACGCUGUAGGUGAGAGGACCAGGGUGGUGAAGACGCAGCAGAGCAAAGGCAGCACGCUACUGCAGCCCAGCACUUCUGAACACCUAUCGGACGUGAGCCGACCUGCUGAUGUAGACGGAGAAGAUGUUCUGGGGCAGCAGCUGGGCAGCCAUGGCGGUGUCAAACACAGGGGUGACUUUGGCCACAGAAAUGGAGGGGUACGCCAUGCCCAGCACGCCGUCGAAGCGGGCCACGGCAAAAGUGAUUCCAGGCUGCUUCACUGCCUCUCCAAACUUAAAUCGGAGGAAAGGGGGAUUGAGAGUCGUAAACGCACAGUGACGGUGUCCUGGCUGAUGAAGCCGGACAGGCUGCCUCUGCCGUACUGGAUAGAGAACUCUGUGCCGUUCUUCACGUACGUGCUCGACUUCUUUGAAUUGUAG